CUCAUUGAGUUUUGGAAGAUAGGUCGUAGUUCUGCAGAUUUGUUAACAUUCAGACAUUGUCAGAUUGUCAAGUUAGCUAAGGUCUGUUUUAUUACUGUAUUAAUACUGCGCUGCUGUAUUGUGCUAUAACUCUAGGAACUUAUACAAAAAGACGAGUUCGUUGUCAGACUAGGCUAUUACAGUAUUAACUAUUCUGUUGUUCUGCAACUGUCAGACUGUACAAGGAAUCUUGGCAUCAACAAACAUGACUCACCAAGCACAAUAUCUUCCUGAAAGCCGCAAAAAAGAACUUGCGGAAAUUGCGGCGAAGAUCGUGGAAGGAGGACGUGGAAUACUUGCUGCAGAUGAAUCCUCAGGUACAAUGGGAAAAAGAUUGUCCCAGAUUAAGGUAGAGAAUGUAGAAGAAAAUCGCCGCCAGUACAGAAAACUUCUUUUCACUUCUGGUGAUCAAAUGAACAAAAGCAUAGGAGGAGUUAUCCUAUUUCAUGAAACUUUAUAUCAAAAGGACGACAAUGGAAAGUUUUUGAGAGAUUAUCUUAAAGAAAAGGGCAUUGUUCUUGGAAUCAAGGUGGAUAAGGGUGUUGUACCAUUAGCAGGAACCUUCAAUGAAUGUACAACUCAAGGUUUGGAUGGACUUGGUGAAAGAUGUGCUCAAUACAAAGCUGAUGGUUGUGAUUUUGCAAAAUGGCGAUGUGUUUUGAAGAUCACUGACAAGACUCCAUCUCAACUUGCUAUCAAUGAGAACGCCAAUGUUCUUGCUCGUUAUGCUUCGAUUUGCCAGCAGCAUGGCAUCGUACCCAUUGUUGAACCAGAGAUUCUUCCAGAUGGUGAACAUGACCUGGAAAGAUGCCAAUAUGUUACCGAAAAGGUCUUGGCCGCUUGUUACAAAGCCUUGAGUGACCACCAUGUCUACCUUGAGGGAACACUUCUCAAACCAAACAUGGUCACUGCUGGACACAGCUGCCCAAUCAAGUACACGCCACAGCAAGUUGCUGAAGCUACUGUCACUGCUCUUAGAAGAACUGUACCCUGCAUUAUGCCAGGCGUCACUUUCCUCUCUGGUGGUCAAUCAGAGGAAGAAGCUACCGCUAAUCUUAAUGCUAUCAACAAUGUACCUGGUAUCAAACCAUGGGCCCUCUCGUUCUCAUUUGGCCGUGCAUUACAAGCAUCUGUCUUAUCAGCAUGGGGUGGAAAAGCUGAAAACACGGAUGCCGCAAAGAAGGCUUUGCUUUACCGUGCACAGAUGAACAAUCUCGCAGCACAAGGAAAAUACGAAGGCGAAGUUGCUGGUGGAGCCGCAGCUCAGUCUCUUUACGUCGCAAAUCACCAAUACUAGUUCUAUACUCUCAUAAGUUCACAUAUAAUCUUCUACUCCAAUCUCCACUAAUUAUAUAUAUUUACAAUUUCGCAUUGCUGGUGCCAUAGGAUUUUUGUGCUUCUAUGUUUGACCAAUCAUGUAAUUAUAAUUAAAAUAGCUUUGGAGCUAAAUUUUUAUUCAUACAUUAUUGGUCAAUAGUAGUGUCAAAUGGACAGCAAGUUUGAGUUCAUGCAUGCAUUAAAAUAAUCUCUGUAAUUUUAAGUGCAGUAAUGUAUACAAGUGUUAUUGUUUAUUCAAGAAAUUUCCUCCGAUAGAUUAGGACUGUCAAGGUAGUCCGCCUUUUUAGCACCUUAAGUUACAAUACUGUAUUUAGUUCCGUAUAUGUUUGGCCUAAUUAAAUUCCUUGAAAUAAAUACGAGUUCAAUGGCA